CAGAAUGCAACAGGAGUGAUAAUCACAGCUCGGAGCUGCAGUGAGUCCACUCUACAGAUCCUGUGGGGUCCUAACUCAAAGGCUGUUGGCCAUGGAGAUCUGGGUGCCCCUCUGCUUUGUUUCCACAGCUCUGGCUUUCGACGAGGUGUUGAUGGACACUCAAUUGGAGACAGAGGAGCUGAACUGGCUGGUACUGCCCAGCAGUGGGUGGGAGGAGGCUGUAGCGGUGGACAAGAACUUUGAGACCACACGGACAUACCGGGUGUGUAACAUGGAACUCCCCAACCAGGACAACUGGCUGCGCAGCGGAUUUAUCCGGCGGGGAGAGGCUCGGCUAGUCUAUGUGGAUCUGAGGUUCUCCGUGCGGGACUGCAGGUCCUUCCAGGGGGCCGCCGGCUUCUGCAGGGAGACCUUCACCCUCUACCACCGCCAGUCGGACUCCGAGGAGGCCGUCUCAGCCUCCAGCGCCGAGGAACUGAGGGCGGCGUACGCCAAGGUGCUGGAGGUGGGCGCCGAUCACGUCUUCACCCUGGGGGGGAGCGGCCAGGUCAACAGGGCCACGGUGAGGGUGGGGCCGCUCUCCAAGGCGGGCUUCAGGCUGGCUUUCCGGGACCGGGGGGCGUGCAUCAACCUGCUCUCCGUCCGGGCCUACUUCAAGAAGUGCCCGGCCACCGUCACCAACCUGGUCCACUUCCCCGAGGCGGCAACGGGGGAGGGGCCAUCCUCCCUGGUGGUGGUGCCCGGCUCCUGUGUGCCCAACGCCGAGGAGGGAGCCGUCCCACUCAAGAUGUACUGCGGUGGCGAGGGCGACUGGGUGGGAGCAACCGGGGCCUGCAGGUGUCGCCAUGGUUACCGGAGCAAUGAGGGGCUCACGGCCUGCACAGAGAUCAAGGAUCAUGUGACGCUCUCCCAUGUCCAAUCUUCCCGGGAUGCCUCGGGCCCCUCCUGCGGCCGAUUGGAAGACCAGAAUGCCCUACUGCGAGCCAAUGGGCGUCUGCUGAAGGAACAGGCCGCGACCUUGGAACAACUGGCACGGGCAGUGGAGACACUCAGUGCCAACAUCAACGCCAUCUUGCGGAGGGUUCCUGGGCUCCUGGAAGGAAAACCCCACCUCGUGGCCGAGGGUGGAUCCUCGCCGGUCCCUGAUCUCAGAGACGAGGAGAGAGUGCAGGGGCACAGAGAUGAGGCCGGACCUCCCAACUAACGCCACAGAAGUUGGAAGACGCAGCAGACUGUGGACGCUGGAGCAAAGAGCUGCUGGAGGAACUCAGCCGGUCGGGCAGCAUCCGUAGGGAGGGGAAGAAAGGAGUUGUCGGCGUUUCGAGUCGAGACCUUGUGUGGAGAGGGACGUCGGCUGGUCUCCCUCCAUCACCCAACUCCAACCUCCCCCCAUCUCCUCUCCCCCACCCCCCCCAAUGCCAUCUGAAGCUCCUUGUCGCCAGCCAUUCCAAUUCCCCUCCCCGUUCCCCCACCGAGCUGUCUGUCCUCAGCCUCCUCCACUGCCAGGGUGAGGCCAAACGCGAACCAGAGGAACGCCCCCUCGCAUCCCCCCCGGGGAGUCUACACCCCGACGGCAGGGACAUUGUAACCUGCUCCCCCUCCGUCCCUUUUCUCCCUCGUCCUGAUCCACCCAGCUCCCCCCACACCCACCCCACCCCCCCCAUCACAGCCUUUCCCCUCCCCCAGCCACCAUCUGCCCAGCACCCACACCCCCUCCCACUGGGUCCCCUCCCCCCCCCCCACUGUUCCCAUCUGCCCUCCUCACCUCCCUUAUUUGGUUCCAUGCUCCACCCUCUCCCAUCAGAUCCCACCACCUGUCACCUCCAUCUCUCACCUCCCGGCCUCUGUCGCUGUUCCCGCCCUCCCCUCCUCCAUCUGCCUAUCCCCCCCCCCCCCUCCUCACCUGGAUCCACCUAUCACCUGCCCCAGCCUUUCCUUCCACCUCUUUACCCCGGCCAUCUCCCCUCUACUCUUCAAGUCCGGAUGAAGGGUCUCGACCCGAAAUGUUGACCACCCAUUUCCCUCCACAGAUGCUGCCCGACCCGCUGAGUUCCUCAAGCAUCUUGUUUGUUGCUCUUAAUUCCAUCCCAAGGCACCUGUGACAUCAGAAUCAGGUUUAUUAUCGCUGAUAUAUGUUGUAAAAUUUGUUGUUUUGUGGCAGCAGUACAGUGCAAGACAUAAAAAUUACUGUAAGUUACCAAAUAAAUAAAUAGUGCAAGAGAGGAAUAACGAGGUGGUGUUCAUGGGUUCAUGGACCGUUCAGAAAUCUGAUGGCGGAGGGGAAGAAGCUGUUCCUGAAACGUUGAGUGUGGGUCUUCAGGCUCCUGUACC